CAGUAGUCCGCCAUCGCUGUAUGAAGAACUAUCGGGCUUGGCGUUUGGCUGUCAACAAUAAACUUGUGGUGCGGGACGCGGAGCUAAGAGGUCGAGUGAAAGCUCGUCGGCUGCUCCAGAAACCACUAGUCACCCCUGUCCCUCCCUGGAGAUUAUUUUCAUGUGAAUACAGAGCUCACGGACGAGGCAACCAUGUCCAAUCUCAGCAAAGGCGGCACCAAGAAGGACACCAAAAUGAGGAUACGGGCCUUUCCUAUGACAAUGGAUGAAAAGUAUGUCAACAAUAUCUGGGACCUCCUGAAGAAUGCCAUUCAGGAAAUUCAGAGGAAGAACAACAGUGGCCUGAGCUUUGAGGAACUUUACAGGAACGCCUAUACCAUGGUGCUACAUAAACACGGAGAGAAGCUGUACACAGGCCUGCGGGAAGUAGUUACUGAACAUCUUAUCAACAAAGUACGAGAAGAUGUCCUCAACUCCCUAAACAAUAACUUCCUCCAAACACUAAAUCAGGCUUGGAAUGACCAUCAGACAGCCAUGGUGAUGAUCAGAGACAUCCUGAUGUAUAUGGAUCGGGUGUACGUACAACAGAACAAUGUAGAGAAUGUCUACAACCUGGGGCUCAUCAUCUUUAGGGAUCAGGUGGUUCGUUACGGCUGCAUCAGAGACCACCUUCGCCAGACCCUGCUGGACAUGAUUGCACGAGAGAGGAAGGGGGAGGUGGUGGACAGGGGGGCCAUUAGAAACGCCUGCCAAAUGUUAAUGAUCCUCGGCCUUGAAGGGAGAUCUGUUUAUGAAGAAGACUUUGAAGCACCAUUCUUAGAAAUGUCUGCAGAAUUUUUCCAGAUGGAGAGCCAAAAGUUUCUUGCAGAAAACAGUGCCAGUGUGUACAUAAAGAAAGUAGAAGCCAGAAUUAAUGAGGAGAUUGAGCGGGUAAUGCACUGCCUGGAUAAAUCCACAGAGGAGCCCAUCGUCAAGGUGGUGGAACGUGAGCUCAUUUCUAAACACAUGAAGACCAUCGUAGAAAUGGAGAAUUCAGGACUGGUUCACAUGCUCAAGAACGGCAAGACAGAUGAUUUAGCGUGUAUGUACAAGCUGUUCAGUCGGGUUCCCAAUGGGCUGAAGACCAUGUGUGAGUGUAUGAGCUCAUACCUGCGGGAGCAAGGCAAGGCACUCGUGUCAGAGGAAGGAGAAGGAAAAAACCCUGUAGACUACAUCCAGGGUUUGCUUGACCUGAAGUCUCGUUUCGACCGCUUCCUCCAAGAGUCCUUCAAUAAUGACCGACUCUUCAAGCAAACUAUUGCUGGCGAUUUUGAGUACUUCCUUAACCUCAACUCUCGCUCGCCUGAAUACCUCUCACUUUUUAUUGAUGACAAACUGAAGAAAGGGGUAAAAGGGCUAACAGAGCAGGAGGUGGAGUCCAUACUGGACAAGGCCAUGGUGCUCUUCCGCUUUAUGCAGGAGAAGGACGUGUUUGAGAGGUACUACAAGCAGCACCUGGCUCGAAGGUUACUCACCAACAAGAGUGUCUCUGAUGACUCUGAGAAGAACAUGAUCUCAAAGCUAAAGACCGAGUGUGGCUGUCAGUUUACCUCUAAACUGGAGGGCAUGUUCCGGGACAUGAGUAUCUCCAACACCACCAUGGAUGAGUUUAGACAACAUCUACAGACAACUGGGGUGUCACUUGGAGGGGUUGAUCUCACUGUGAGAGUCCUCACCACAGGAUACUGGCCAACACAAUCAGCAACACCCAAGUGCAAUAUCCCCCCUUCACCACGACAUGCAUUUGAAGUCUUUAGAAGGUUUUACCUUGGUAAGCACAGUGGGAGACAACUCACCCUGCAGCACCAUAUGGGGUCCGCCGAUUUAAAUGCCACCUUCUAUGGUCCCAUCAAAAAGGAGGAUGGGUCAGAGGUUGGAGUGGGAGGGGCUCAGGUAACGGGCUCCAACACCAGAAAGCACAUCCUGCAGGUGUCCACCUUUCAGAUGACCAUCCUUAUGCUUUUCAACAACAGAGAGAAGUCCACAUUUGAGGAGAUUCAGCAGGAGACAGACAUCCCUGAGAGGGAGCUGGUGCGAGCACUGCAGUCUCUGGCCUGUGGAAAGCCCACUCAGAGAGUUCUCACAAAGGAGCCCAAGUCCAAGGAGAUUGAAAAUGGACAUGUGUUUACAGUCAAUGACCAGUUUACCUCUAAACUGCACCGUGUCAAAAUCCAGACAGUGGCUGCGAAACAAGGGGAGUCAGAUCCGGAGAGGAAGGAGACUCGACAGAAAGUGGACGACGACCGAAAGCAUGAGAUUGAAGCUGCCAUCGUUCGCAUAAUGAAGUCUAGAAAGAAGAUGCAGCACAAUGUCCUAGUAGCAGAGGUCACACAACAGUUGCGAGCACGAUUCCUUCCUAGUCCUGUAGUCAUCAAGAAACGCAUUGAAGGACUCAUUGAGAGGGAAUAUUUGGCAAGAACACCAGAGGACCGCAAAGUAUACACUUAUGUAGCAUAACAAGUGGAUUCACUGAAUGCUAGCGAUUGGUUGAGAGCAACUGUGGGCCUUUUUUUUUUAUUUUUUAUUUUUUAUUUUUGCUUUUGUUUUUUCUGUGGACUGCUUAGUGUUUGAACUUGGAAGUGCUUUCGUCGUUGAUUCUGGGAAAACACUGGGAAGUUUAACUUUUCCUCCAAAAGAGAAAGUGUUAAAUAAGAAAAAUGUGCAAAAGAUGGUGAAGUUUUCUAGCAAUAUUAGAUUUCUUCUGUGAGAAAUGAAAGGAAGAGAAUCUAGUUUUUUAAAAAAAAUGUUUGUUGUGGCCUUUGUAGAGAACUGGGUGAGCCUGUUUGCCAAUUAACCACACACUCUCAAGAUCACGCAUAUAGCAAACAAGUGGCUACAUGGAGACCAACAUUUGAACUCACCCCCGUUUUAAAUGUUAAUGACAGUGUGUUACAUUUGUGUUUUGUGGCAAAAUAAUGGCUGUACAGCUUUACAGACAGUCUUGGCCUUUCCCUCACAGAGGAUUUUUAUAGUUAAAGAAAAAAUGACCAGUACAGACCUGGUUUACAAAAGCAAUUAGUUAAAUUUGAGCCACCAUGAAUAUUUCUUGUCUUUGUGUUUCACCUAUGUCUGUUUUGGGGUUUAUUUUAAUGUGUCAUAUAAGUACAAUUAAUUUUACACAGCUGGAAUAUGUUUACUGUCAAUUUCAGUAAUGUAACCAGGUGUGUACUGGUGGCCAGAGAGACCGAGGGCUGUUGGUUCACAGCAUGCUCUUAUCUAAUGGGACAGUCGGGGGAACAAUACACUUUAAACUCCAUUCAUGUUUGGUCUCUCAUGACACAUUUUCCACUUUAGGCCUGCUGUAUGAUCGGCCAAAAAAACUGUUCUUCUCCCCGAAUGGAAGUUUCCACAUGGUGCAGAAUUCAAAGAGGACAUUUUUUUUUUUUUCUUUCUUCUCGGCUGCAUUUUGAAUAUGUGGAACGUGUCAAGCACCGUGCUCUAAUGUGUACAAAUUGUAAGAUAAUAAUUGUACUCACUGCGAAGGUGGAUUGUACAGGGCCUUGUUUUCAUCAUAUUAAAUGUAGAGUUAAAAAAAGGUGGAAUUUAUUUAUUUAUUUUACAUGUUUCAUGAAAAGGCUUUUGCAAGAAACAAAAGUUUUUCCCCUACUAGCCAUAAUGAAAGCAUAAUGGGAAGCUGCAUUUAAAUAUUGUGCUUGGAGAAUUUGUUUGGCAGGCAUUUAAAGAGCAUUCUUUACAUCAUAUAUCACAUUUAGUUAUAGCUCUUCUUCUAUACAAUUCACCACUUCCAAGGUACAUGUAGAGAGGAAGAAUAAGUCAAUAGCAGCUGUAGUAUACAGAUCA